AUGGAGACGAGGAGGCUCGGGGACUGGCGGGAGUGUGAAGGCGCUUUCGAACCUGCGAGGAGGAUCAGAGGGGGAGAGGGGAAGGAGCGGGCGCGUGCGAUCAAGGAGGAAGGGAACGAGCUGUGGAAGGAGGGGGAGUACGAACUUGCCGCGCAGAAGUUCACGGAGGCACUCCGUGUGCUGGAGGAGGAGGAAUCCUUGGCCUCGUCCACUAGUGAGAGGAUCAAUUGUAUGAACAAUCUCGCUGCCUGCAACGUGAAGACGAGGAACUUUUACGAGGCCGUGCGGAUAUGCUCGGACGUGCUGCAGAUGGAUCCGCAGAACAGGAAGGCGCGGCUGCGACGAGGAGCAGCGCUGGAGGGGAUGAAACUGUACUCCAAGGCUGCAGCAGACAUGGUCCUGAUCCUGAUACAAGACGCCAAGACUAAGGACGCUGCGGCAUGCCUGCAGCGAUGCUUGCAGGCAAGGCCUGAAGUUCGCAAGGAGGUGGUGGAAGAGAUCUGCGCGAGCAUGGGACAACUCGGAGAAGGAGCAGCGACGAUGGAGAGGAUAAAGUCAGCUCAAGUAAUUAGCGAGACCGUCUUUACGCAGAUUCUGAACCUCCCUGCGGUUGAGGCGAAGGAGGAGGGCCCUACGAUGGAACCGUCUGCCUUCAGCAAGCUUGCGGACAACCAGGUGGCAGCUCCUGCGGGGGGUGGGCUGAAGCUUCCUUCUGCUGCAGCGUCACAAGAGGGCGACAGGAGCGGGAAGAGUUUCCGCGACGUGCUGCAGGAGCAGCUGAAGACGGCAGGAUCCGGGGGGAAGCAGAGCUUGUCUCAGCUGGAGGAUGCUGAAAAAUCUUUGCGGACGCGCAUCGAGGUGCUGGAGGAGAGAGUAGCAGAGCUGGACCCCAGCAAACUCUCGUUGAACCCCGAGAAAGCUCGCAAGCAGCUGCAGAGACUGAAGAUGAACUCCGUAGAGCUGUCGGAACUUGGCCUGAUGAUCAUCGUCACACUCGACUCCUUCGCAGCGGAUGAAGAGACUCGGGAUGCAAGGAAGGCUCUGGUGCAGAGAGUACAACUGCUUGUCAAGAUGUGCGACAAGAUCAAGUCGAGGGUGGAGCAGGAGGCCGAGGAAUUUGUGGUCAAGGACCCCCCGCAUGUCAAAGUCGCAAGAGUCGUCGCCUCGUUCGUUCGCGUCCUCCUUGCUAGGCAGAAGGGGGAAUCGAACCUGCGAGCUUGA